GAAGGAAUGACAAGUGUUAAAUUUGCUACUGCAACAAGGAAGUGUACAACAAGGAGAAUCUUUUCAACAGCCUCAACUAUGACGUGGCGGCCAAGAAGAGAAAGAAGGACAUGCUGAACUGCAAAACCAAAACGCAAUAUUUUCACCAAGAAAAAUGGAUCUAUGUUCACAAAGGAAGUACUAAAGAGCGCCAUGGUUACUGCACGUUGGGGGAAGCUUUCAACAGGCUGGACUUCUCCACCGCCAUCCUGGACUCCAGGAGAUUUAACUACGUCGUCCGGCUGUUGGAACUGAUAGCGAAGUCACAGCUCACAUCCCUGAGUGGCAUUGCCCAAAAGAACUUCAUGAAUAUUUUGGAAAAAGUGGUACUGAAAGUCCUGGAAGACCAGCAAAACAUUAGACUAAUAAGGGAGCUACUCCAGACCCUCUACACGUCCUUGUGCACAUUGGUGCAAAGGGUUGGCAAGUGCGUGCUGGUCGGGAACAUUAACAUGUGGGUGUACCGAAUGGAGACGAUUCUACACUGGCAGCAGCAGCUAAACAACAUUCAGAUCACCAGGCCUGCCUUCAAAGGCCUCACCUUCACCGACCUGCCUUUGUGCCUGCAACUGAACAUCAUGCAGAGGCUGAGCGACGGGCGCGACCUGGUCAGCCUGGGCCAGGUGGGCCCCAACCUGCACGUGCUCAGCGAGGACCGGCUGCUGUGGAAGAGGCUCUGCCUGUACCACUUCUCCGAGCGGCAGAUCCGCAAGCGAUUGAUUCUGUCAGACAAAGGACAGCUGGAUUGGAAGAAGAUGUAUUUUAAACUUGUGCGAUGCUACCCACGGAAAGAGCAGUAUGGAGACACCCUACAGCUUUGCAAACACUGUCACAUUCUUUCCUGGAAGGGCACCGACCACCCGUGCACAGCCAAUAACCCCGAGAGCUGCUCCGUUUCACUCUCUCCCCAGGACUUUAUCAACUUGUUCAAGUUCUGAAUCACAGCCCGUGACAACACUUCCGAAGGCCUCCCUGCUGAUUGGAUGUUGGGAAUACAGAGUUUGGACACUUCGUUUGUAAAUAGUGUACAUUUUAAACAUUGGCUCGAAGCUUCUGAGAUAAGUCACGGAGAGGACACUGGAGGGGAGAAACGCAGUCGCUGGCUGGGAACUUAAGAAUAUGGACUUCUCAUUAGAAUUGGUAUGGAAAAGCAGAAAUACUGUAAAUAAACUUUAUUUUCCCUAACGAUUUGCCAGCAAGAUGGUAAGGGCAGGAGUUCCGUGUCAUCGGUGAAAAUGGAACUCUCUUGAUGGUCACGAGAACUCCUGUAUAUAGAAUUCCUCAGAGAUGCAGAAGAAGAGGGCAAAACUCGAACACAAGAUAGAACACGCUUUGUUUACAAUGUGAAAAUGUGUUUAAAAAAGAAAAAAAGAAAGAAGAAAAACUGCAGAUGAGAAAUCCCUGGGCUUUUGGUUUUGAUUUUGGGUUAGCUUUGAAAAGGCAACGGAGUACCACCCAUCUUACCCCCACACAUAGGGCCUUAUCUUAUGAAGAUAUCACACAAUAGUCUACCUCGGAAAGCAUACAGCGCUCUCUCUGACACAGUGCGUCGCCCAGUAGGCAGUGUCUGUGCGUCUCGUUUUCUCAUCAGAUAAAAAGUGAUUGAAAAUGGAGGGGGUCUUGGAGCAGUCCUCAUUAGGCUCCUUGGGAGGUGAAGGGGGCAGUCUUCAGAGUUGCGUCUCUACUAGAACAACCUCAAAACAUGCAGGCCUUUUAUCCUUUCGUGUCAUAGCUCGUUCAGGGCAACAGAAGGCCAAUUAACAACCAUCCCAGAGGAUGUCCAAUCACAGAAAAGAUCAUUAGUCACCCCCUGCUGUUUAAUUUCUUGGCAUGUCUGCUUCCUGGGGCAUCUUCUCGGAAAAGCAAAAGCGUAUCUCUGUGGACUGGUCGGAGCCAGAGCGCUGAUAAAGGCCUGUGAAGCCGGUGUGACAUGUCAGGGGAACCCUUCCUCUUGAUGGGUGAUGAGCUGAGGAGCUUUCUUUUUGUUACGCCCCAUGUCUAAAUGGGGUCGACCUGAGCGAGGGCUUCUUGCAGGAUGAUAACAAAGCCUGGCGUUCCAGCCAAAUAGGGAACAGAGGUGCUUAGAGUUCAUCCUAAACAUGCUGUGUACCCCAGGGGAUCUUGCUUGGCCAAUACCAGUAGGUAACUACGUGGGAGAGAAAUCUCAGGAUGUAAUGAGUUCGUUAUCAGAUAUUCCUGGGAUAGGGUGGGGAGUGUUUUUGUUUUUUACUUUUUAUAGAACUUUGCUUUUCUACAAUAAUGUACAUAUUUUUGCCAUUGUAUUUGCUUUGCCUUUUUUUUUUUUCUUGUAAAUAAAGUUGCCACCCUGCAUGUGCUUGGAAAAUAAGUGAAGCAAAAUAGGAACUUGGUUCACAUCCACACUGAGAAUCAGUGAAUCCUUAGGGGUUGAACUUGGGGUGACCUGAAGAGGGGAAAGAUGGGUAGGCAUGUACAGAAACAAGCCCAGGGACCAGCUAGUGAUGUGGGGCCGUCGCAUGCCCUUCCCUCAACACGCAACUCAAGUACCAGCAUUUGGAAGAGAAGCCGGUUGUUAGUCGAUGCUCCUCACUUUGCAAUGUUUGUGCCCACACCAGGGUUUCUCAGUAAUUUUUUCAUGAUCACCCUCCAAGAAGAAAAAAUUAAAUUGAAUUUAAAUUCUCCCUAAUGAGGAAAAUUAAAUAUUAAACAAAAUCUUAUUGGGUGAUAUUGAGCUUUGGGGUGCCACAAACCAUUGUAAUACUGAGAGGUGUUUGCUCUCCUCUCUCCACCGAGUCAAGGUCACACUGAGGAAUUAAAAAGCUUCCAUAAUUCAGACAGCUUUUCUCAAGUGUCUCGGCUUUCUUAAAGAUGUGGGGUGAGAGCUUUGGAACCUUUGACUAUUUAUAAUUUUAGGGUUAGGUGUUCAUGGCCUUCCACAUCUUCCCACCAACUCGUGACCUCUGACCCUUCAUGUUGAUCAAGGAGGUGGCAGCUCUUGGGCACCUUCAGGUUUACAGUCCCAGAAAUGUCACCUGCUCUGGACUCUCAGCACAAAGCUGGCGAACCAGCCUCGGUAGGACUGUCCGCAAUGCUCAUGCUUGCUCAUGGCAAGGUGUGUGGGUGCAAGGCAACCCCUACCACAAGUGACAGGGUUAUGGUUUUCUGAGAUGUUUGCCUAGAGGGUGUCUCGGCUCUCCCAUCUCCUCUGGCGUCCCAGGAGGUGGUGUGUGACAGUCAAGAGGAAUUUUUAAGGAAGAAAAGAGAAAGCGACACCUGGUUCUCUUUCAGUGGAAGAGGAGACUAAGAAGGAAAUGGCAGGUGCAGAGGGAGAGGGAAAGGAUUAGAAGUGGCAUCUCUUGGAAGCUGUGGUUUGUGUGAGGGCAAUGGGAACGCGCAUAGCUGUCACAGAGCAUCUGCGUUGGUAGCAGUGCAGCGUGGUCAGAGCCUCCCCUGUAAGUAAAGUGAGGUAGGAAGAACAUUCGUGUUCCCUGGGCACUAAUCAUCUACAGAAUGUCUAGGCAAACCCUCCUAGGACAACCCCAGCUAAAAAACAAAAACAAGGAAUCCCUGUCUCAGAACUGCUGGUCUAAAAGCCAGAAGGGACAUGCCAAUGGAAAUUGCUGGGAGAGAUAGACCACUCUGCUCUCUUUGCUGUACACCCCAAUCCUGUGUAGUAAAAUAUGAAGUCAUUUGGACUUCCAGAAAAGGAAGGAGUGUUGUACAGAGGAGUGUGAGCAAAUCCACAGGCAUGUUAUCAUUUGGUCCAACUCAAAGGUCGAUGAGCAAGAGCCUAGAGCUUCUUGAGACUGGAGAACAGCAUUUGAGGAGAGGAGAAUAUGCAAAGCUGAGGAGUGUUCACUUUAUAGCGAGAUCCAGAAGAAAGUGUAAUGACAUCUUAAACUAGACUGUUAUUACUCAACGCUGUUACUUUGAGCAGAUGGACCAGUCCCGUGGGAGGGCCAGAGGCAGAAAUUUCAAGGUGUCAGUUGUGCGGUGACAUUUGUUUCAUGAUGAUCAAUCUUAUAUUGAAGUGGCUCAGAGCAGAUAUUUUAGAUGAGCUGGGUUCAUACUGCAAAACUCAACACAAGUGCGGGCUUUGCUUGGCAGUGGUGAGGUAAGACGACGAGUAUGUAUUGCAUUACUGCCACCGCUGUCAUCUUUGUAGAUUCAAAAACUUUUUCACGACAAGCUUGCUGUUACCACAGGCUCCUUGUUCACGUUGUUUUUGUGGGCGGAGAGAAAGAGUUUGGAAUUUCAUUUGUCUGAGCAAGGGGUAUGAUGUACAAGAAGGUCAAUCAUUUCAAGACAUGUUCAACGGUAUAUCAUCCUUAGCGUUCAAUACAGAGUUUAUCAAAAUAUCCACCUGAGUUUAUAUUUUCCUGCCAGAUUGUAGGGCAAAAAAUGUCUUGCUAUGCAAAUACUCUAUUUUAUGUGUGAAUUUUUUUAACUGUAAUUUUAUGUGUGAAUUUUUUUCUAACGAAACUAUAUCAUCAGUUUCUAUGUCGACAUCUGUUGUUUUGUGUGUGUUUUUAAUCUGUUUCCAACUCCCCGAGUCUGUGAACCAUCCCUCUGACUGGACGCUGGCCUAAAAUCCUAUUAGUGUUUAAACAGACCUCAGAGAUACCUUGAACCUCUAGCAAUGCAGACCCGUGACUCUUUGAUAUAUCUCGGGCCCUUGAUGUCUUCAACAAACAAGAUUGUAAUCCCUCUAAAUUCGUUUUCUGUAGAUGCUUUCUUCUCUGUUUUGUUAAGGAAAGUAAACUCCCCAUGGUUUUCCAAGGGAAGGAAAGUCUUACCCCAGACUUUAGUGCUGGAAGGGAGGUUAGAGAUGUUGAAGUCUGGUCCUCCCUGUGCCUCAGCCCCCCUGGCACUCAGUGGUAGACCUGACCAUAAACCUGGGAUGUUCUGAGGCCUUGACUUGGUGCCCCCUGCCCCCACACCUUUCUGUGUGGCUGGAGACACGUGAAACCAACCUGAUUCUUCUCAAGACCUUCACGGAGGAAGGCAAGCAUGAGGGUCCAGUGUUAGGCAUCUGGCCGUCAAUUUUCCAAACAUUUUAAGUCCCUGGUUCUUCCUGGAGAAAUCCAGGAGCCACUUAAAAUUUUUACAGACGCCUAACUCUGUGCGAGCACAGCAUUCUAGUGAGUGCAACCUGCUGGCCACAAAGUAAGCAGCGUGUUUUGACAAAUUCAUUUUCCCUGGGUACUUACAUUUUAAUUAUAAAAGUGGCCCUUAAGACAGGUAAUAGCUGAGCAUUUGGCUUGCCUUCUAGAACCUGAAGUUCUGAUGAUUACCAAGCAGGAGUUUCCUCUCUCCUUAAACUGAGAGGUACAUUUAAUCCACCCCCUCCACCUCCCUGUCCUCUGGUACCUGCUGUGGAGCCCAUCCCGGGAGCCUCUAUCCCCGUGGAAGUUUGCUCUCUGCUAAACCUCAUCUCUACUAAGCGGGGGGCGGGGGAGGGGGGAUUAUUCCAUGAGACAGCAAGGAGCAAGGGACCACGGUAUUCAAGUCUUUGUCUGCUGGACAUUUUCCAAAGUGUCUUUGAACUCAACUCAGCAAACAAAACUUCCUGAAAAACCUCUCAAAACUUAGGCCCUGCUCCAUUUGGCCAAAAAUGGAUGGUUGCUCCAAAACUCUGAACUUCUUGAAACGCCAUCUGCUACCACAUUACUUCUGGAGUUUGAACGUGACUUUUUCUGUCUUCGAGUAUAGAAAUGUUUGUUUAAUUAACGAUACACAGGCCUGUUAAGCAGAAGGCUCCAAGCGGUGUUCUACCCUUGAGCGCUCUUGGCGCCAUCUUGAUUCUACCAAGUGCCAAUCACCCUGGCUCAAGGGGGUAUAUUCAAGUCCAUGUCCAGAGCUUAAACACUUUUCUUUUUCAAUGACAAAUAGUACAGGGGGUUGGACAUUGUAACUGAAAGUAUAAGGUUAGAUCAAUUACAUGCAAAGCUGUUCCUUUAAUGUCGUGUGAGCUGAGUCCAUCUGUAUAAAUUAUUUGCACACUUUUCUUGCAUGAUGAACUGACAUUUUUAUAGUUUGUACCAGACGGUGGCAUAUUUUUGUAAAACUUUUUGACACUGAAUUGCAAUAAAUGUUUUUCCAACAACA